UACUAUCUUAAAAAGGUAGAACCUUAUCCUUUUAACUUCCUGCAAGAGAAAAUAUAUCAGUAGGCGUACUCAUAAAUCAUAAUCUAACUUUAUAUUGUAACCAAUUUGCCUAAUGUUGCUCCACAGCAUUGCCAAUUUAUAUCAGGUACAGCCUUUAUCACCUUCUAAGUCAUCCCAUUUAUAUGGGUUCAAGAAUUAUUCUCCUUGUCCUACCUUCUUCCGCAGUUUUUCCCUCAACAACUUAGAGCAGGUCAGUACAUUAAGGUGGCCAUUUGGUAUAUCAUCUUGUUGCAGAGCAAGAAGGAGAAUAAGAUAUGUGGAUGAGGAAGAAGAUGAUGAACACAGUUCUGGUUACAAUGAAGAAAUAGCCAUGCUGGAAAUGUACAGUCAGUCAGCCAGAGGAGAAGCCCUUCUUGUCACGGCUAUGGUUGAUGAUCAAGAAGUAGAAGUUCUUAUCUUUAAGGGGUUUUCAUCAUGCUUGAGCUAUGGGACCUCGCCAGAUGCAUCAAAAAGUGUUAUUCCACAAAGAGCGAUAAUUAAAUUUAUAGACAGGAUUAAGGGUCCCUUCAACCCCGCCAACAUAGAGUACAUUGAGAAAGGUUUGACAUUGGAGACAUUCAAAAGUCGUUAUUCCUCUAAUUAAUGAAAAUUUACUUUUAUUUAUUCAAGAAGGGACUUCAUCCUUCUCCACAUAUAUUAACAAUACAAGAUGUAUUAAAAGUAAUAAUCUGAGUUUGUAAUUCCUAUUUCGGGUUAUUCUUUCUGAAUUAAGCCCCUAAAAAGUAAGAUCUAGUAUUGUCUCAUUA